UGUUUGGCACUUCCGGUUUGUGUCACGUUGCUCUGGGCUCUGCUGUAGGUCUAUGAAGGUCACUGCAGUAAAUAAGACCCCGAAUCAGAGUAACACAAAAGUAAAACAUGUCAGAUUUUAACGAUUUUUCAAACGCCAGCGCUUCUGAGAAAGCAGAGGCUUCCGAAUUGCAAAGGAUGAUUGCAGUCGAGCAGCAGAAAGCGCAGUUCCAGGCACAGGUUCACAAUUUCACGGAUGUGUGCUGGGAGAAGUGUGUGGACAAGCCCAGCUCCAAGCUGGACUCCAGGACCGAGGGCUGCCUUGUGAGCUGUGUGGAGCGCUUCAUCGACACGACGCUGACAAUCACCAACCGCUUCACACAGAUGGUGCAGAAAGGGGCAAACUAGGACAGGAGGAGGCGCCGGAGUGGAGGAACGACCCCCGCUUUAAUGGGGAGGCACGUCAGCUCACAAAAAAAAAAAAAAAAAAAAAAUGUGAACACACUGAAACUUUUUUUUAAGUUGUAAUUUAUGAGUUCAGAUCAUUUUGUCCUAUUGCUAAUUAUGCAAAUUCACAACGCUCUCUAUGAAAAUAAAAUUGAACACGCGUCUUUUUA